AUGAACAAACAUGAUUCAACGAGUAGAUACGGACCCCUCGUCGGUGCAAUCGAUGAAGGGACUAGUAGCACUAGAUUUUUGGUGUUUGCUGCAGACACAGCUGAAGUAUUAACAUAUCAUCAAGUACCUAUAUCACAGUCAUGUCCAAAAGAAGGAUGGGUUGAACAAAAUCCUAUAGAAAUAUUAAAAGCAGUUAGAGAAUGCCUUAAUCAGACUGUAUUUAACUUAAGACAGCUUACCAUAGAUCCUAGUGACAUAGUUGCUGUUGGCAUAACAAAUCAAAGAGAAACUACAAUUGUAUGGGACUCUAUUACUGGAGAACCAUUAUAUAAUGCUAUAGUAUGGAUGGAUAUGAGGACUACAUCAAUUAUAGAUGAUAUAUUAAAAAAAAUACGCAAUCAAAAUAAAAACUAUUUGAAGCCACUCUGUGGUUUACCAAUUAGUCCAUAUUUCAGUGCUUUAAAAUUGAAGUGGUUAUUAGAAAAUGUACCUUCUGUUCGUGAAGCAUUAGAUCAAAAACGGUGCAUGUUUGGUACAAUUGAUUCAUGGUUAAUUUGGAACUUAACUGGAGGAACAAAUUCUGGUGUACAUGCUACUGAUGUUACAAAUGCCUCAAGAACAAUGCUAAUGAAUAUCACAACUUUAAAAUGGGAUCCAACAUUGUUAUCAUUUUUUAAUAUACCACCAGAAAUUUUACCUGAAAUUCGUAGUUCAUCAGAAAUAUAUGGUUAUAUACAAGAUGAUAUUCUAUCUGGUGUACCAAUAUCAGGGUGUUUAGGUGAUCAACAAUCAGCAUUAGUAGGUCAAAUGUGUUUACAAAAAGGACAGGCAAAAAGUACUUAUGGCACAGGUUGCUUUCUUUUAUACAAUACUGGAACUGCUAUUGUAGAUUCAUCUCAUGGACUAUUGACAACAGUUGCUUAUCAGUUAGGACCACAGUCACCACCAAUAUAUGCCCUUGAGGGUUCUGUAGCUAUAGCUGGAGCUGUUAUUCAAUGGCUCAAAGAUAAUCUCGGAAUUAUUACUGACGUGAAAAAGUCUGAAUCUCUUGUUGAACAAAUUCCUAAUGAUAACCAUGUUACAUUUGUGCCUGCAUUUGCUGGAUUAUAUGCUCCAUAUUGGAGAAAGGAUGCAAGAAGUGUUAUAUGUGGAAUUACUGAAGACACUAAUAGUACACAUAUUAUAAAGGCAGCUUUGCAAGCCGUUUGUUUUCAGACAAGAGACAUUUUAGAAGCCAUGAAAGAAGAUACUGGUUUAGUUUUAUCUAAAUUGUUAGUAGAUGGUGCUAUGACUAACAAUAAUUUAUUAAUGCAAAUGCAAGCAGACAUUUGUGGAAUUCCAGUUGUGAGGCCUUUAAUGUGUGAAACUACUGCACUUGGAGUUGCAAUAGCUGCUGGAAGUGCAGAUGGUAUACGGAAAUGGGAUGUGAAAAUAGAUGCUACUGUACCAAGUGACACUUUUCUACCUUCAAUAAGUGAAAACGAACGAGAUAUAAUGUAUUCACAAUGGAAAAUGGCUAUUGAUCGAAGUUUAGGAUGGGAACCCAUAACAGAUACCAGUGAGAAUACAAAAAAUAUUCAUAAAGCAACUGCCCCCGGCAUUUUUGUGAUAGGCACAAUACUUUUACUUAUGAUUGCUAGGUAUCAGUCUAUGUUAUGA